AUGAUAAUUGCCAUCCGGUUCCCCCGACAUGGCAUCGCUCAAAUCAAACAGUCCUUGACAAACGGCGAACUCCGAGAUCUCGUAUACAACCACCUUCUGAUCAUCGACAAUAAUGGAUCACAGAUUCCCGACGAGAUUAAGCCUCUUCUAAAAGAGAUUUUGGAUUGGGAAAAGGCGCCCCUCAGUGACGAAGAUCAUGUAGCUAUCAGCGAGACCAUUGAACUGUACUGGGACAAGACCGAGGCUGUAUCAGUUGUUCACAUUCUUAAGCUCCCUCUUUUCCAAGUUGGUCGAAAGAAUAUCGAACCAACUUGUGAUCUCUUAUGGAGUGUUGAACCCAUUCCGGCCAAUCCAAUAUGGGUGGGCCCACUUGUGACUCCCAAGACCGAUGCACACUACGGCUUCGCCCGUGGUGCCUUCACAAUAGAAGAACUCGCUGUUGUGUUUUGUCCCGAGAUGAAGCCCUAUUGCAUGCCAACUUCGUCAAAUAUUUUCCCAUCUUUUUUGAUCGAGGUAAAAUCAGAGGCAACCUCCGGCACAAUCCACAAGGCGGAGAGUCAGCUGGUGGUCGCCGGAGCGCACCGUAGCAAUUCAAUGCUCCACCUGAUGGAAAUCGGGUGCCCCGACACUCAAUUCACAGUAUCGCAUUCGGUUGUUUUCUCUCUGGCACUAUCUUCACGAUUGGCAGUGGCCUACGUCAAUUUUUACAACCCAGACACCCAAAGGUUUUGCAUGUCGUUCCUUGAAUCAUUUUAUUUGGUCAAGGAAGAAGAACAAUCCAAAUUAGCUACGUAUGUGAGCAAUGUUAUGGAUUGGUUAACAACAAAGCAGUUGGAACUGGUGAAGCAGGUCCUGAAAAGGCUUGAGGACACUCUUCCAGACCGCCAGCUGCAGCUGCGGGAGGGUCCGCCGCCACUUAAACUAUCUAGGAAUGAUCCGGCGGAUGCGUACCACCACCUAUCUGCGAAAGAACUUCGCGCAGAGCUUGGGGCGAAUGAUGCUUCAGCAAUGAUUGGCGACAAUGAAAACCCGGAGUAG